AAAAAGUAAUCGGCCCAAAUCUCUCUCUAGGAGAAGGAUUUAUUCAGAGUAAAACCCUAGAAGGUAUAUAUAUACAUCACUAGAACGAACAAAAAUCUUCUUCUGCUUCCUCCUCCUUCCCUCUAAUCUCUAAACUUCACAGAUUAUCAGAGAGAUGACAUCUGUAUCAAACGCUCCAUCAGUGGAUCCACACAUGGUUGGCAAUGCCUUUGUUCAGAAAUACUACACCCACCUUUAUGAAAAGCCCGCCGAAGUUUACAGAUUCUAUCUCGAGGAAAGUGUGCUUGGAAGGCCUGGUCUUGAUGGUGGUGAUAUGGUUUCUGUCAAAUCAUUGAAAGCUAUUAAUGAUCAGAUAAUGUCUGUGGACUACCAAAACUCGAAGAUCCAGAUCCUGACUGCUGAUUCCCAAGCGUCUUUGAAGAACGCUGUGGUGACUCUGGUCGCCGGUUUGGUGACUGACAAAGACGGAGAAAGAAAGAGUUUUACUCAGUCUUUCUUCCUCGUGCCGCAGAAUGGAAGCUACUUUGUUCUCAACGAUGUCUUUAGGUACGUUUCCGACGUGUUUGCUGAACCAGAAGCUACCAAGGAGGUCGAGGAGGUCGAGGAUAGUCCAAAAGAAACUGUCGUUGCAGAGCCUAUUGCAAAUGAAGUGGUGGAGCCGGCUGCUAAAGCUACAAAUGAGGAGAAGGUUGUGAAUGGACACAGCAACUUGCCUAAAGCUGCUGAAGCAAAACCUCAAGAGGACGCUGGUGGUCCCAAGAAGUCCUUUGCAGUAAUUGCUGCUCAAAAUGGUGCUCAGAUCAAUGCUAAAGCUUCACCAGCAAAGCCUAAACCUGUUGAAAAGCCGAGAGUUGCUCCUCAGACCAAAGCUCCUGCACCAGUAGCUGCUCCUCAGACCAAAGCUCCUGAACAACCUUCUGCUGGAUCCACCGCUCAACAACCAGCUCGAGGUGGUUCCAUAUUUGUUGCAAACUUGCCUAUGGAUGCGACUCCGGAGCAACUGUUUGAAACAUUUAAAGACUUUGGAGCUAUUAGAAGAGGUGGCAUCCAAGUCAGAAGCUACACGGAACAAAGGAACUGUUUUGGGUUUGUGGCCUUUGAAAAUAGUGAAUCGAUCAAAAAUGUCUUCAAGGCUCACAAGGAAUCUCCAAUUUAUGUCGGAAACAGAAGAGCAUCUAUAGAAGAAAAACGAGCCAACAACAAUGAUAAUGGUGGGAGAGCCUAUGCGCGGAACAAUGGCAACAAUAGGAACGAGAAUGGUUACAGAAAGGACGGGUACAGACCUCGGGUCAAUGGUGUGAAUGGAGGAAGAGGCUCCGGGAGAAACGGGCCUGAUAGAGGAGGGAGCGGUGAUGCUAAAGCUUCUCAGAACGGUCAUGGCAAUGCUCAAGCCAAAAACUAGACUUUUUGAUUGAAAGAACAGAGACUUUUUCUAGCUAUGAUUCUUUUAGUGGAUUAUGUCAUUUUUUGGAUUGUAAUUGGGUUUUUGAACCCUUGUUCUUUGACCAACUUGAAAUCAAUUUGAUUAAAGUGGUUAAAAUGUUGGUA